AUGCGUCUUUUCGCUCUCGUUCUGGCCCUUUGUGCAACUGCACUGGCUGCCCAAGUGAAUCUGUAUAGAGCCUGGAGCCCAAAAGCCACUGACCACUUCUACACUGCCAAUUACGCCGAGUACCUCAACGCCGUCAACAAACUUGGGUAUAACCGCGAGGGAGUCGCAUGCCGCAUCCACAACAAGCAGGAGCGUCACACUGUGCCACUCUACCGAGCGUGGUCUCCUUCCGCGACCGAUCACUUCUACACGACUAACAAGGCUGAGUGGGACAACGCCGUCAGAAACCUUGGGUACAAGGCCGAAGGAAUUACUGGCUAUAUCUACCCCAAGGAUCAGGCCCACAAGACUAUUCCCCUCUACCGAGCGUGGUCUCCUUCUGCAAGGGAUCACUUCUACACGACCAACAAGGCCGAGUGGGAGAACGCCGUCAGACGCCUGGGAUACCAGGCGGAGGGAAUUACUGGCUAUGUAUUCCCGAAAUAG